AUGCGCUUUAAAACCCAAGAAAGCGAAUGGUUGUAUGUGAAAAAUAAUGAGAUAUGGAGAAUAGAAGGGGAUGAUGAUAAUGAUGACGACGGAGAUGGAAUUGUAAGAGUACUGAGGCUAAGCUAUGAUCAUUUGCCGUCCAAAUUGAAGCAGUGCUUUGCCUAUUGCGCAAUAUUUCCCAAGGAUCAUGAAAUAGAAAAGGAGACCCUCAUCCAAUUAUGGAUGGCACAGGGGUUCAUUGGAGGGAGUAGUAGUAGCCUGGAGGAAAUAGGUGAGGAGUAUUUCAACGAUCURYUGUGGAGAWGCAUGUUUCAGGAAGCAAAAGAAGAUGAAGAGGGAAACAUAGUAAGUUGCAAAAUGCACGACCUCGUGCAUGACCUUGCUCAAUCAGUCGCAGGGGCCGAGUAUUUUCGGAUGAUCGAGGCCAGGGAUGAAGAGGUGGCUCAACCACCUACUAUAACUAUUCCGGAAGGAGUUCGACACGUGGCACUUCUUGACCCUGGAAGAUAUAAAAGGACUAACGGCAUUGAAUUCUGGUCACAAUUGAAACUUUCUAAUAAGGUGCCGACUCUACUCUCGCCCCGUAAAAGUUAUUAUGGGAUGAGAUUGGCAAUUUUAUUCUGGUCACAAUUGAAACUUUCUAAUAAGGUGCGAACUCUUCUACUCUUGCCCCCUAAUUAUUAUUUUGGGAUGAGAUUGCCAAUUGAAAGAAUAAUGAGCUGUGCUUGCUUACGUGUGUUACACUUACACCUUUCAUUUAUUGAGAGAUUGAAAAUAAGUAGCAUAGGUGAAUUGAAGCACUUAAGGUACCUUCACCUCUCUCUUGCUCCGCUUAUUGAGACACUCCCUGCAUCAAUUACUAAGCUCCAAAAUUUGCAGACCAUGAAACUUAUAAAUUGUUCUAGUCUUGAAAAUUUGCCAAAAGAUACUGGAAAUAUGAAGAGCCUAAGACAUGUUGACCUCUCUGGGAACGAGGAAAUCAAAGCACUCCCUGCUUCUAUUACAAAACUAGAGAAUUUGCACACUCUAAAUCUUGAUAGUUGUGGUCCAUUUGAAAAUUUGCCGGACAAUUUGGGAAGAUUGAGAAAGCUUAGGAUAAUCAAUUUGACAAUAACAGCAGGGGAACAUGUCAUGAGGGAGUUGCAUGGCCUGAACCUAAGUGGUGAUUUAACUAUUGAGGGAGUUGAACAAGUGAGAGAUGGCAAGGAAGCAAACUUGAAGGAGAAGCCACACCUUCGAUCCUUGACAUUAGAAUAUGGAGGGGAAGGGAAUAAUGAUGAUGAUGCGUUGGAAGGACUGCGGCCACAUCCAAGUCUGAAGGAGUUGAAGCUAAAAGGGUAUGGAGGGAUGAAAUUUGCUUCUUGGAUGAUUAAAUCCUCGUUGCUCCCAAAUCUAGUGAGAAUUCAGUUACGGGAUUGUCCAAGAUGCGAAUCUCUAGAGUUCUCAGGUCCACUCCCUUCCCUUGAGUAUCUUAGUCUAUCUGAAUUGAUAUCCCUCAAGAGCAUUACAAGUAAAUUGAGAAAAGGAGAAGGAUUCUUCCCAUCCUUAAAAGAACUCUACCUCUUCCACCUGCCUAAAUUGGAGAGUUGGUCAGUAGUAAUGGMAAUAUUAGACGGUGAUCAGGAAGUAGUGGUAGUAGAAGAAGAAGAGCCACAUAACUCAUUAUCACUGUUCCCUCACCUUCCCAAUCGCUGGAUCAUAGAGGGUUGUCCUAAAUUGGAAAGUAUUCCUUGGGGUUGGCCGGCACGUGAAAGAGUGGAUUUAUGUUUGAUUGAUGCCAAGGCAUUGGAGAAGAAAGUUAAGAUCUAUGACUCUAUUGAGGUUGAACGCAUUGAAAUUACAGAAGAUUGGAUAGUAUAUGAUAAUGAGGAACCUCUAUUAUUUGAUUAUGCUGGCUUARAAAAUAUGUUCGAGGGGGAUGAGGCAACAUAUCCAAUAAUGGAGGCACAUAAGAAAAAAACAUUCAGAAGUUAA